ACCCCCCCUCUCCCUCUCUCUUUCCUGACAGAGAUGUGGUACGGGGUCUUCUUGUGGGCCCUGGUGUCGUCGCUCUUCUUCCACGUCCCGGCAGGACUGCUGGCCCUCUUCACCCUCCGGCAGCACAGAUACGGCCGCUUCGUCUCCGUCAGCAUCUUCCUCAUGGGCAUCCUGGGGCCCUUGGCGGCCGGGACCUUGACAAGCGCUGCCGUCGCCGGUGUCUACAGAUCUGCUGGGAAGGAGAUGAUCCCCUUUGAGGCCCUGAUUUUGGGGGUGGGCCAGACCGUCUGUGUGGUGCUGAUUUCCUUCUUGCGGAUUUUAGCCACUCUUUAGCAUCAGCCUGGACAUUGGCCGCCAGCAAGAAAAGCGCAACGCUGUGCUGAAUUCAAAAGCCUGAGAUCCGUGGGGAAAAGCUGCGUGAAAACUUCGCUGGAGGAAGAGGGACCUGCGGAAAACCUUUGUCGUGUUCUUGUGAUGCUUCUCUUCACUUCACUGAGAUUUGCUCGGGGGAAUGUGAGCGCAGACCAAAUUAAUUUUCUCUCCACAAACAGGUUCUUGCAGCUUGGAAGGACCGCUUCUUGUCUACAGUUGAGCAGCUAAAAGUCACCGAGAAGGCCGUUAUUCAACACACAUACACAGUUCUAGCAAAGAUGCGGUGGCUUUCUAGCAGCCCUUGAGGUCUGAUUGCAAAAUGGCAGGCAGGUUCUAGUGAAAAAACAAAUGCAAAUUAGAUGUACGAGGGUCUGCAUCAUUUAAAUAUUUCCAGAGUGCUGCCACGUAAACUGGAAGCAUUUUCGUCUUGCUUGUGACACUGAACAGGCUUUUAGUCUCUUGUCUGAAAUCAAAACCAAUUCUGUAUUUAUAUUUUGCAACUUUUUCCCCCCUGACCUCAAGUGCCAACCUGGGUGUGUGUGUGUGUGUGUUUUCCCCCUUGGAGAGGGUGGAUUAAGCAAACAAGCAGAGGGGUUGUGCUACGGGAUCACAGAACAUCCGUCACAGAUUCUCUCCUGGAACGGUCCCCUUGAAGAAAUUCCACGCGUUAAUCAGGUUGUUGUCAGAGAGAUGCACUUUAACGAACUCGGAUGAAUGUGAACUGGAAACUGCAGAAGAAAUUCUGUCGGCGUCCUCUUCCUCGAAACAAGCUUUUUGGUUUUCCUUUAGGGCUGUGUUUGGACUGCAGCAAUGGCUCAGAAAAACAAUCUGUUGCUACCUCAAAAACACAAAAUGGAUGAUGAAGUUCAGUUCCCCUGAAUCUCGUGGAUGGUCACUGUGUUCCUUGUACGUGAGAACCUGGCAAAUUCCAGUCAUUGCUAUUACGAUUAUUAGUUUGAGAGUGUCGGGUGCUCCUCUGUUAUUAAAGCCCUCGGUGAUUAUAUUGUGUAGAAUCCCUCUCAGAUAUUUUGGCCCCAUUUCUGUGAAGAGUUAUCACGAUCAAUUAUUGUCUUACUCUUCUUUGUUGUGACCAUCAGAACGACACUGCUUGGGUUUUGUGUAGAGUUGAAGAAGUGCGCGUGUGUGUAUGUGAGCGCUAAUGAUCCUGCUGACGAAGCUCGGAUUGCUUUUGUUUUCCCACACAAGUGCCUGGGCAGCCUGCCCCCCACCUCUAGGGACCAGUCUUAUAACCUUUGGCCACCCCUUCCUCCUCCUCCUCCUCCUGCAGUGCCACUGUCUGCAGACUCCCAAGUUGCUCUAGGAGAAUUUUAUUUUUAUUUUAUUAGAUUUUUGGAAGCGUUGCUUCUCUUGAGUGUCACCCAUCUGUCUCAAAAAGAAGAAUCCUGGGGUACUUUCUUUUGAGGUCAUGGCAAGGCCCUUCAGAUGUUCGGGGCUCACCAUGAGACACCCCUCAGAUGGGACUGCCCUGCCUCAGAAUACAGAGCAGGUACAGCUUCCUUAAAAACCACCUUUUCCAAAUUUAGAGAAUGUUUCCUUCCAAAGAAAACCAUGUCAUGGAUGGUGCUUUGAAUCAGAUUUCCUCUGCCUGCAGUUGGAAGUGAAGUUGUCCCUGAAUUUUUGUAUCCACUCUAAACAGGCGAAUACCAAAACCAGCCUCUCGCCUCCAUCCAUCAUUUGUACAGUUUCCCCCAUUACUGUUUGUCGCUGUUCAGCUGCUGUAACAGAAUGGGGGGCCGUGCGAUGAGCCUUUGGCCACCAUGUCUGACGAGUGGAAAUUCUACAGUGUUUUAACUUCUCUGGGCUUAAUAUCUACUGUUGCUGGCUGCAGAGAGAAUGAACAAUCAGGAAGAGGCUGUAUGUUAUAUGCAAUUGUUGGGCUUAAGAAGUUGGAGGUCACAACCAUGUUAGGAUAUUUCAGCUGUCUCCUAAGAAGGGUGGCGCAAUGUGUGGUUGCAAUUCGCCGACUUCCAACCUUCCCCUAGAUCUGGAAGAAGCUGGUACAGCCUUUUAAUUUCUCUCACUUUUUACUCUUUGGUUUUAGUUUUCCUAGAUUUUGUCAAGGGAGAGGAAAUCCCUCCUUCCUUUUCUCUCCUCCUACCCCAUGAUCAAAUUUCUUCGUUUUGAUCUUUAGCAGUCUGGAUUGUAAUUUUACCGGGCUUCAGAGACCUGCCUUGUCUGGACAAGGUGGAGAAGAUCACUUGUCCAUAAGAACAAGGAUGUCUGCAACUCUUUCAUGAUAGGGAAGCUAGAGGCUUAGUGGGACCUGGCAGACCUUCCUGGAAACCCCCGUUGCCAACAGAAAUGGAAAAGCCAGGCGAGAGACCACUGCUGACAUUUGUGGAGGCUCAACCUGCUGGUUUUCAAGGACACACACAGGGCGGCAGUGGCUGUGGAUGCCUCAAGGGUGUUUCCUGUGGCGAAGAUCUCCACCGAGGUGUAAGAGGGCAUCUAAGGGUGGAAUUUGCACCGAAAUCUCAAGAACUCGUGACUGUGAAUCCAAAGCUUUGUGAGGGAUGGAAAGAAGAUACGGUGGUCUCGAGGCAUUUUCUGAGCCUUGGCUUUCUUAUAACGGGGGUGGCACAUAUGAACAAACACCUGUAUGGCAGAAGUGCUAAUCAGUUUUUAUUUUUCUACUGAUUCUGGCAUUGGUAUUUUAGCUAAUAAAAUCUUGACUGAUCCCUUGUGAA